AUGAAAGUCAAAGUAGAGAAUUGUAACAUAUCCAUCAUACAAGUCUAUGCACCAACUGAGAAAGCAACUGAUGACGAGAUGAAUCGCUUUUACAAGACACUGGAAAUAGCAACAGCACACUUUAAAACAGAGAUUUUACUGAUAAUCGGUGAUUUCAAUGCCAAAUUAGGUUUUAGGAAAAAUGGCGAAGAAACCAUUAUGGGAGAAUAUGGCUACGGUAAUCGAAAUGAAAGAGGUAGACGUCUUAUCCAAUAUAUUUGGCAACAAAAACUUAUAGUUGGAAACUCGUUAUUUAAAAAGAAACCGCAAAAUCAAUGGACCUGGAAUUCACCAGGCCAAAAGUACAAAAACCAAAUAGAUUUUAUUCUUUGCAAUAAAAGAUCAAUCCUUAAAGAUGUGUCCGUACUUAAUAACUUUCAAUUCGAAUCAGAUCAUCGGAUAGUACGCGCGGAGUUGUUAAUCAACCAUAAAACUAGGCAACUUCAUAAAACUACAAGAAAAGUAUUAACAAAAUCGAUAAGUACAGAUAUAAUCAAAAGUUAUAAUGCUGAUCUUCAACAACGAUAUAACAUCAUAUCAAGGUUAAAUGAACCUACUCAAAUAGCAUAUAACAAAAUGGAAAAAACUAUAAAAGAAUCUGCAGACAGGUAUAUUCUCACUGCUGUAUCUCAAAAACAGCAAAAACUAUCGAGUGAAACUCUAAAUAUGAUAGCACUUCGUGAUAGUAUUAGAAAAAAGACCAAUCUAAAUGCCCAAGAAAAACAAGAUUUGAAAAAUAUAAGGAAGAACAUCAAAAAACGUUGUCAAGAAGACAUCCAAAAAUUCAAUGACAACCUCUUAAAGACAGUAAUCGAAGAAACGAGAUCAAUAAAAAAGGCAAAGUGUGCAAUCCAAGAUUAUAAAGAGUGGAUAACAGCAAUGGCGGAUAAUGAUAAAAGAAUUCACGAAAGGAAGAAUAUUAACCAAAUAGCUACAAACUUCUACAUUAAUCUAUACAAAACACGCAUAGUAGACACUGAUGAUAUAUUUCUAGAGCGACAAAACCAGGAAGCAGAUUUUCCACCAUUUCUUAAAAGUGAAAUAGAGCGAGCAAUAAAUGGUUUAAAGAAUAAAAAAAGCAAAGGAAACGAUGGGAUAUUAGCUGAAUACCUAUAG